CGAUCUGUUUUCUCUCUGUUUUCAGGACAUAUGCUUUGACUGAAGGAGAAAACGACAGACAAACUGCCACUGUAAAAAGACUGUUACAACUAACCUCUUUUCUAUUAAACGAGAUGGAUCUACGAUACCAAAGUAUGACAGACUACUCGUAUACAAUAUCCUGCGUUUUUGCUGGAAUUUACAUAGCUGAUGAUCCAAGCGAUUCGCAGUUUGCAGAAGAUCAUGUCGUCAACGCCGGAGAAGCAAAUGGUGACAAUAUACUACAUGAUUUCCUGAAAUGGGGAGAGGCUUCAUUACGUCAUUUUAAUUAUGACCAAGCUACAUUGCUGACAGGGUACGAUAUCGGAUGGAUGUAUGGUAGUCAAUUUGUGAAAGGUCUAGAAGGUGUUGCGUAUAUGCCGGGUUAUGCAGACGGUGAAGUGACCAUUCCCGCACUUUGUGGACCUUGGGGAUAUUCUGUCAAUGAAAUUACAAGUUUUAAACCGUCGAUGGGAGUAAUUGUCGCACAUGAGCUUGGACAUAAUUUCGGAUCAAAACAUGAUGGUGAUACAAAUAGCUGUAUCAAUGGAUAUGUCAUGUUACAAAAUUUUGCCAUUACCGAUGAUUUAUCAAGGAACCAAAAAAUCUGGCAGUUUUCGUCUUGUUCACAGACAUAUUUUGACACUUAUAUCACCGAUUUGAAUCAUGCCUCUAAAAACUGUAUGACUGCAAGAAACAGCGACAGGCAAUGAUGACCUUGACCCUUAUGCAAAUGACCUUGCAGGUCAAGUUUACGAU